AUGGAUGCUGGCAAUGAGACGGAGGGCAGGGGCUUUCUGCUGCUGGGCUUCCCGGGGCCCCAGGCCCUGCAGCUCUCGCUCUUCCUGCUCUUCCUGGUGAUGUACAUCCUCACAGUGAGCGGCAAUGUGGCCAUCUUGCUGCUAGUGAGCACCUCCCGCCAGCUGCACACCCCCAUGUACUUCUUCCUGAGCAACCUGUCCUUCCUGGAGGUCUGGUACACCACGGCCGCAGUGCCCAAAGCCCUGGCCAUCCUGCUGGGGAGGAGCCAGAGCAUCUCCUUCAUCAGCUGCCUCCUGCAGAUGUACCUGGUCUUCUCGCUGGGCUGCACAGAGUACUUCCUCCUGGCCGCCAUGGCCUACGACCGCUACCUCGCCAUCUGCUACCCCCUGCACUACGGGGCCAUCAUGAGCGGCCUGCUCUCUGUGCAGCUGGCCCUGGGCUCCUGGGUCUGUGGCUUCCUGUCCAUUGCAGUGCCCACGGCCCUCAUCAGCGGCCUGUCCUUCUGUGGCCCCCGAGCCAUCAACCACUUCUUCUGUGACAUUGCGCCCUGGAUCGCCCUGGCCUGCACCAGCACGCAGGUGGUGGAGCUGGUGGCCUUUGUGAUUGCUGCCGUGGUCAUUCUGAGCUCCUGCCUCAUCACCCUGGUCUCCUACAUCUACAUCAUCCGCACCAUCCUGAGCAUCCCCUCGGCCAGUGGCCGCAGCAAGGCCUUCUCCACCUGCUCCUCCCACCUCACCGUGGUGCUCAUCUGGUACGGCUCCACCAUCUUCCUCCACGUGCGCACCUCCAUCAAGGACGCCUUGGACCUGACCAAAGCCGUGCACGUCCUCAACACCGUGGUGACCCCAGUUCUCAACCCCUUCAUCUACACCCUCCGCAACCAGGAGGUCAGGGAGACUCUGCGGAAGAAGUGGAAGAGAAAAUAG